AUGUCUUUACAAAACAAGGGAUUCUGGAUGGGAAAAGUAUCUGGACAUGUUAGUGACAGAGAGCCGGUAUUUGAUAAUCCUUCCAAAACUGAACCAAAACGACCUCAUCAAUGGUUAAUUGAUGCAGCUGAAGGGGAUUAUUUGCCAAACAAGAAGCAAGCAAUUGAAGAUGCAAAUGAAAGAUCUAGUUCAGGAUUUUCAAAUGUAAAUUUUUCUCCGUGGGAGAACAAUCAUAAUUUCAAUUCAGUCCCAAACCAGUUUAUUGAUCGGUUAUUUGGAUCUGAAACUAGGCCUGUCAAUUUCUCUGAAAAGAAUACUUAUGUUUCUGCUGAUGAGUCUAAUGUGAGGUCAAAUUUGAUCCCCAAUCAUUAUGGAAAUGGUGCAUCUUUUGGCUUGUCUAUAUCUCAUUCUGCUGAAGAUUCUGAACCGUGUAUGACUUUUGGGGGAAUCAAGAAAGUCAAAGUAAAUCAAGUUAAGGAUUUCGACAUUGUACAAGCUCCAGAAGGACAUGGCUUUGAUAGGCAGAGUAAGGGUGAUCUACAUCAAGCCUAUAAUGGGGAAAUUGAGACGAGAUCUGGGUCAAUAGGGCAAGCCUUUGACAAGGAUGGCAAUGUCACUUUACAGGGACUCACCUAUGGCAGAGGGGAUGCCCAUAUAAGAUCGUUUGGUACCCCCUUUGGCAAAGGAGAUAACACACUCCAAUCAAUUGGUGAAUCCUAUAAUAAAGAGGACAAAAAUAUAAUUUCUUUUGGUGGGUUCCCAGAUGAACGGGGAACUGUCUCUGUGGGCAGGGCUACUGUGGACUAUGAACAAUUAUAUAAUCAACCAUCAGUUCAUGUGUCAACAACAGCCCAUGAGAAAGAGUUGAAUGCAUCAAAUUCUGGUGUAGUUGAAAGUACUCCUUCGGUGGCAACAAUAAAGCCUGAAUCUGUGACCAAGAAUAAACAAGAUAUCAAAAGGAAAGAAUCUCCAACCACCUUCCCAACUAAUGUCCGGAGCUUGAUAUCUACUGGUAUGCUUGAUGGUGUUCCUGUGAAGUAUGUCUCAGUGGCGCGGGAGGAACUUCGUGGGAUUAUAAAAGGCUCUACCUAUCUUUGUGGGUGUCAGUCAUGUAACUAUUCUAAGGGUCUGAAUGCUUAUGAGUUUGAAAGGCAUGCCGGUUGCAAAACAAAACAUCCAAACAAUCAUAUUUAUUUUGAGAAUGGGAAGACCAUUUAUCAAAUAGUACAAGAAUUGAGGAAUUCCCCGGAGAGUUCAUUGUUUGACACAAUUCAAACAAUUUUCGGUGCACCAAUUAAUCAGAAGGCAUUUCGCAUUUGGAAAGAAUCAUUUCAAGCAGCAACACGUGAGCUUCAGCGUAUUUAUGGAAAUGAAAGACGCAAUCUCUAA